CCACCGGUGACAGGCCAGGUGGGCCGUCACCGACAGUUCCGAUCGGUGACACCGGCGGUCAGCCAGUCAGGACGGAUGGUGUCAUUGGUUCGAGCAGAGUAGGAAAUGGAGCGGCCGACCGCGGAGGCGAGACCGGUGGCGGUUACGGUCCUAAAUUAAACCCACUGUUGGAGGAACAUGUAAGUGACAGAAUGGGUAAACAAGGGAGUGAGAUGGUCUUGAAACGGGAGCGUAACCCCGACGAAGGCGAAGAGGAUAGUUCACAGAAGGACAAGGAAGAAAUUCUAUCGAAUUCUGUUUUCUUAGAUCGGGGUGCGAUCAAUUCGCUUCAAGACGCUACCAAUGGAGCGGUACAUGAGCAAAUGGUUUUCGAAUCUAACCCUCAGCACAACGUCCCAAUUUUGAUAAGUACGGAGCAUAGCUUACUUGAAAUCGAUAUUCCAGAAGCAGUCAAUAUAGCUGGUGUCCUACCUCAAAUCGGAAAAGAUCUUCGUCAAACGUUAAUCCCAAUCAGCGGAGGGUCACCUCGUCAGAAAACCGAUACACUAGUCUCCGUUCGCCUCUCCAGCGACACGCGGCUAAGCAGCCACCAUCUAACGUUCUCUUCUGUACUGAACGGCACCGAGGAAUCUUCCAAUCAUCCCAAGCACGAGAUGAUUAGCGUGCGGAAACCUGCCGCUAACUCGAUAAGUGGGCUACGAGCCGACACAGAUAUUACACGCCCAGUUACCGGCGCGGCGGCGGCCAGAACGGGGUCUCCGGCGGCCCCUGGCCCAGUUCACAGUUCUGCCGGCACGGUGGACGCCCAUGUGCGCAGCCACGCUCCAUGGGGCCGCGUGCGACUGCCGGCACACUCGAUCGACCGCGAGGCCGCGAAUGAUGUCAGGCGCGGCUCAUCUCUCACCAGCUCCGAGGCCGUGAGUGGUCCGCCGACCAGUGAUGACGCUUCUCAUGCCAGCGAAGAGCAGCCCUGUCUCACGGGCGGCCUGACCGACUCUGUGAACGACGUGCUCCCACCGGCUGGCCCCCCUCUCGAGCGUGUCGGAAGGCCGGUCCGCUCUCAGGGAGGCAGCGUCCAGAGUGGAGUCUCAGAGCAGCUGGGAAACACCGACUCCGCAAACCCAGUCUCAGACCAGAUCGCGGAUCGUAUUCAGGCCGACAGGCUUAGGUCAGACACAGUGCCGGGCCACGCACAGCAAGGGUCGAUUGAUUUUGCCGAGCUGCCCAAGACAGAGGACACUGCAAACCAGACGCACAGCAAGGAGUCAACAGUUACGUUCCCAGAUGAUCCACACACUGUAGGCGCCGCCAAGAGGGAAGUGUAUUACCCGGUCGAUACUCCCUUCACACCCGGAAGCCAUGUUCCGAACAGCCCGACGAGCCGCAACCCCGACAGUCGUGAGAAUGCAGCCGUCGCCGAGACCGCGGACCAGCUGCGUGAGGCCAGCACCGGGCGAAUCCCCGGCCCAGCGCAGAGACGUCCAGCUGGGGCACAGACGCACCACGAGCUCGACGGUGUGCGGCCGCAAACGAACCUGCCAACCACAGUCGCCGCCACGACCACUGCCGCUGGUAGUUUUUUGGAGAAGGUGACCACAGUCGCCGAUAUUUCUUUAGACAAGAUGACCGCAGCACGUGCGCUUGCUGGUCCAGCUGUCGCCGCGGCUGUUGAUACGACUACCUUGUGUUCAAAAGCAGAGGCUACCGACGACUCUUUAGGUAUUGUCACCGAAAACGAGACUGAUGGCAAUGCGUUAUCCGAUUACGUGGGGGAGAUAACGAAUCUAAAUGUGUCUCACAGUCACGAUGGUCCACACCAUGAUCUGAAUAUAACCGAAUUGACAACAGGGGAAGAUACUUCUCAAGUGAAUGCGGCGACUCAAGCACAAGAAAAGUGGCCCGAAGAGGAGCAUGGUAAACUUGCCACUACAUUAGCAUGGUCUUGGGCUAACGAAACUAGCACAGAGCCUCAAGAAACUCCUCUGCCGUUGUCAGGCAAGGAUUCAUCCUCAUUUAUGACGACCACUACGCCCCUAUCCCUGAAGCAGAUUCUUUCGACAGAUAAAACGUUAGAGACGAUACAAUAUGAUAAGGACGUAAAAACACCUAAGCCGACAACGCCUGCAAAAUAUCUCGAUGAAGACCAUAGAUCUCAUGUCACCGUCCCCGAAAGUGACGAUUUUGUGGAAGCUUGGUCGCUCUCGGAGGAGCAGCUACAUUCAAGAAACAACCGACCGUUAUCAAAUGACGACCACCCGUCCUCGGGAAACGACCGGCCGUCCCCGGGAGACGACCAGCCGUCCUCGGGAGACGACCAGCCGUCCUCGGGAGACGACCAGCCGUCCUUGGGGAGCAGCCAGCCGUCCUCGGGAGACGACCAGCCGUCCUCGGGGAGCAGCCAGCUGCCCUCACCAGACGGCCGCCCACCCUCGUUAGGAGGCCUGGAGGUGCACCCCGUGGACCGGUACCGGUACGGGCCUCCGCGAGUGGCCAUCUCCUCCGAGCCGCUGCCGGACCGGUACGGCACCCCGCUGACGGUGCUGCGGUCCCGGGUACACGGCGAGCCCCGGCACCGGUACCGUCCACCGGUACCGGACCGAGGCCACCGGCACAGGAGCCCUCCGAGGGGCGACUACCGCCACUAUCACGUCAGCUCUCUGCACGGCAGCGCUCAUCGCAGCCCUCACACGAAACCUUACAGUAGUCCUCAGGCCAGCUAUCACAUUGGUUAUCACACCAAUUCUUAUGCUGCUUUUCACACUAAUCCUCAGGCUAAUCCUCAUGCCAGGCCCCAAGGUCCUCGCAUCAGCACUUUCGUUCAUUCUCACACUGGUUCCCACAGUGAUAGCGUUUACCCACUGAUCAGACCCAUUCACAGGCCGGCAAUAUCAAAGUUUCGCCCUCAUGACGAGGAAAUCCACGAGCUGGAUAAAGAAGACCGACGAGAAGAGGGGUCUAGUGGCAAGGUGCUGCAUCUGGUAACACGGAGUACUCCGCAGCCGGACUCUGAAAGACCGUCAGUGGCUUCAGAAGCCACACAGACAGACAACGACCUGAUAGAAGAGUCUUACAGCUCGUACGGCCAGGGACGGGAGUCUUCGAAUUGGGCGAAGGAGCCUGAUCAGGCUCCUUCGACGGUGCCGAUAAACGUUUAUGGACCAGGAAACCGACAUACUUUGUUCUACAGACCACCAGUUCAUCUCCACGACGCACCUCUCAAAGUUAAGGACGAUGCAGAGACCAAGUCAAAAGCACAUCCGAACCUCUCACUCUAUGGCGAUUACAAGCCUGUAUAUGUGAAUUUCAACCAUUAUCUCGUUUCACCGGGAUAUGGAUCUUAUCCGGCCAGCACGGAGCGUGGAAAAGAGCCACUAAUUACGACUAAACCUGAGUAUGCUUCACGACUACCACACCUUUUCAAACAGGCGUCGAUCGCGUCCAAUAAAGGUGUGCUAAAUAAUAUAGCACCGCCUCAUUCAUACUUGGCUACAGACGGUCAAGACGGUGCAGCUGGUUCUGUGCCAACGAAUAGGCACGGCCCUCUCAGGAUCAACAACGGCAAACCUGUAAGAAUCACGCCUGUAAGGAACUACAUUGCACCGCCCGUGACCAACCUUCAAAGAAGGUCACUGACUGGGGAUGAAGCAGCCCAAGCCAUUCACCAAAAGCAUAAGAGAUUUCCUCUCCCUGAGUCUAGCUCCGUGCUUCCCUUCUCCGCCGCCAGGCAUCCUUCGACCACCUCACCGCCUCCCACAGAGCUCCUCACCUCUCCUGGCGCCAACCGGACGGCCAGCAGCAUCAUGGAGUUGCUGCAGAGCUCCAACGCCUCCACCCUGAUCCAGCUGCUGCGGCUGGCGGAGCUGGACACCCUGCUGGCUGACACAGGGCCGUACACAUUAUUUGCUCCCACCAACGAGGCUGUGGAUGAGCUGGUGAAGCGACUGGGAGGACCACGGCAGAUGUUGGAGAAAAUGGGCAAACCCAAUCUUGUCAAGCUGCUGCUGUACCACGUGAUGCGUGGGUUCACCCUGGAGGAGGACCUCAGGGAUGACGUGCUGGGUCGGACACUGGCCGGCGGACGGCUGAGGAUCAAUCAGCACCGCGUGGCCAGCACCAGCACCAGCUCCAGCAGCGGCCGGCGGCGCCUCGUCACCACUGUGGACGGGGCGCGCCUGGUGUCCGGGCCGCGGCUGGCAGAGAACGGCGCCCUGUUCUCGGUGUCGGCCGUGCUGGCGCCGCCGCAGCCGGGCGUGCUGGCCGCGCUCAACGCCGACCCGCUCGGCAGGUUCACCGUGCUGCUGCAGACGCUGCGACUGGCCGGACUGCACGACCAGCUCCAGCACGACGAAGCGGGCCCGGUGACCCUGUUUGCCCCGACAAACGCCGCGUUCGCGACCGUCCCGGAGCGGCAGCUGCGGCGGCUGCUCGGCGACCGGCGGCGGCUGCGGCGCCUCCUGCUCGGCCACCUGGCCACCGGCUGCCUGUACUCGGCCCGGCUGACCGACUCCGGGACGGUCACCACCCUGGCCGGCUCACAGGUCACCGUCACCGGCAGCCCAGAGCAUCUGACGGUGGACGGCAUCAGCGUCCUGCUGCCGGACAUCUCCACCGAGAACGGCGUCAUCCACGCCAUCAGCGGCGUCAUCGGGCGGCAUCGGACGUCAUCAGAGACGUCAUCAGUGACGUCACCAGGGGCGUCAUCAGGGAGGGCUGCAUGAGUGUUAUCAGGGAUUUCAGUACAGUGCGCCAGUGCCGUCGGAGGGUCAUUUAACGCCCGCCACUCAGGACAAACGGGCACCGUAUAGCUGCGUGGGGGUGCUGUCCUCCACAACUGUCGACUGACGAUUAAAUGGCUAGUCUAAUACCAGCUCCGUUUUGCUCUCAGUGGGUGUCAGACGAUACAUAAACGCACGGUGCUGCUGCAUGUGGCGCCCAUAUCUGCAGAGUGCAGGGAUUAACCACAGGGACCAUACCUGUGCUGCGACUACAUAUGUACACACAGCUCUCUCUAUUGGUUUAUACGUGUCGCGCCGGACGCACCUACAACCGGCUUCAUGUCGUGAGGCGAACCGGCUGGGUGGUAGUGUGACUGAUGGUACGGUUGAGGUGUGACUGAUGGUCCCUCUACGAGUGACAGAUGUGCCUCAGUGUUGACAGAGGCGGCUGUUCCGAGCCGUGACUUAUAAAGCACCGGCUCAUGGCGGUCGGUAACGCACCGCUAAACCAGGAAACAUUCGUCCGCACGGUUAAUGAUGCUUCAGUGGACGAGUGAUGCCGUUUGUUGGUUAUUGUAGAAUGAGUGUCGAAUAAGACGUGUGGCCGUUGAUCUGUAUCGAAAUGCACUAAUUGACAGGUUAAGGUUCAUAAACAUGAUGACUGAAAUUCAGGAAGUUCGAAUCAGGAAACAAUGGACAGUAAAGAACCAGUAUAGCGCCUUUUGGGGCGACUAACGGAGCGAGCGAGGGGGUGAAUCUUGCACGUGCUAAAUUUCGAGGGGGUACCUCCAACUGACUUGUGCACGGCACCCUACUGACCGGUUUCUAGCGAUGUGCCAAAUUUGAGCACAAUCGGCCCAGCCGUUCUCGAGAUCUGGGAGCGGCACCCUGCACGUGCGCACGUGCAAAAUGGGUCCCAACUGACUUGUGCACGGCACCCUACUAACUGGUCCCUAACCGUGUACCAAAUUUGAGCGCCAUCGGUCCAGCCGUUCUCGAGAUCUGGAAACGACCCCUGCACGUGCGCACGUGCAGCAGCACCCCAACUCUGGCACAUGGAUAUGCAGUGCCUAGUGGGUGCCUACCUACAUGCCAACUUUCAGCGCAAUCGGCCAAGUAGUUACCGAGAUAUUGCAACAAUUACAAAAGUGACACCUCUUCGUUUUGCACGUGGCACGUGCAUAAGGGGUCACCCACAUGCAUCGGGAAUAGUCCAAUACUUGGUAGAAGGAAUGAAGCUACCCUACAAAAAUUACCGCGUGUAAAUCGGUCAAGUGGUUGCUGAGAUAUAAGCCUCGCAAAAGCGUCCGCACGGCCGGCCGGCCGGCCGGCCGGCCGCUCAUACUCAGAAAUUUCCGUUAAUCUAAGGAAAGACUCCGCUCGCUUCGCUCGCUCCGUAACAAUUGUUCAUAAGUGUUACAUCAUUCGUGCUUCAUACCAGACUGUACCUAUUGAUUGUUUUCACAUUUUGGUAGCAUAUUGGUUUGUGCUCGUCAUUUAUCGCACUAUAGAAGGUACGAUUAUAUCGCAUUUUGGCGUAUGUUUGUCAGCCACGGCGCCGAUAUAAUUGUUAGACGAUGAUGAUAACGGACCGUCGUACAAUAUACCGCUUACUUCACCACG